UGGGGGAAAAUGAAUGGGCCUGCAGCUUCAAGCCUACUCUUCAACUGCUCAAAUCAAUCAAAUUUCAGUUUGGAAACAUCAGAGCAAUGUGGCAAAGAGACACACCUUGAGAAUAUGAUUUUUGCCACUUUCUACUUUCUGGACUUCAUCCUGGCUUUUGCUGGCAAUGCCCUGGCUCUUUGGCUUUUCAUCCGGGACCAAAAGUCAGGCACACCUGCCAACAUUUUCCUGAUGCACCUUGCUGUGGCUGACCUGUCCUUUGUGCUGGUUCUCCCCACACGGCUGGUGUACCAUUUUUCUGGUAACCAUUGGCCAUUUGGUGAGAUCCCAUGCAGACUCACUGGCUUCCUUUUUUACCUCAACAUGUAUGCCAGUAUCUACUUCCUGAUGUGCAUCAGCGUUGACCGUUUCCUGGCCAUUGUGCACCCUGUGAAGUCCAUCAAGCUCCGCAGGUCCCGCUAUGCCCACGUGGCAUGCGUCUUUCUGUGGGUCAUCGUUGGUGUGGCAAUGGCACCUCUGCUGCUCAGCGUGCAGACGGUCCAGAUGAAAAACACAACUGUCUGCCUGCAGCUCUACAGAGAAAAGGCCUCACGCCACGCCCUCGUGUCCUUAGCAGUGGCAUUCACCUUCCCCUUUAUUACUACUGUCACUUGCUACUUACUCAUCAUCCAGAGCCUGAAGAGUGGGAACAGAGUUGAGAAACACCUGAAGGAAAAAGCUGUCAAAAUGAUCAUCAUGGUCUUGAUGAUCUUUCUAAUUUGCUUUGUACCUUACCACGUCAAUCGCUACAUUUAUAUUCUCCAUUACAACGGGACCAAAGCUUCCUGUGAAACGCAGCGUCUCCUGGCCCUCAGCAACCGCAUCACCUCCUGCCUCACCAGCCUCAACGGGGCCUUCGACCCCAUCAUGUAUUUUUUUGUAGCUGAGAAAUUCCGUGAGGCGCUGUGCAAUCUGUUUUGUAUUAAAAAGACCAUAAUGUUGCCUCAAACAUAUGAGGGUAAGACAAAUGAAAGCUCACUAAGUGCUAAAUCUGAACUGUGAACAUGACUCGUGUCAGUGCUUCAUCUUAAGAACACUCUCUUCCACCAAAAUCAGCUGAGAGCACAAAUAUGCAGCAAGACAGUCCAACCAGAGCCAAACUCAUCCUGAGAAGGGAAGUUCUGUUGUUUCUAUGGGACAGCCAUUAACAAGAAACCCUCGACCACAGAGAACACGUGUGUUUGUAUUGCUGAAACUGCAAACAGAAGGACAGUUCUUCUGGUUUCCAAGGAAUGAAACUGAGAGUUGAGCACUUAGGAAUAGGGAAGGGGACAUUGAGGGAAAUGGACCCAUGUAUUAAUUUUUUUUCAAAGAACUUAAUUCCCAAAGCACUCAGUACUUCCUCUGCACAACACAUACAGCCUUAUUUAAAAUUUCACAUUGUGCCAGCAGUUGAGAUCCACUCCUGAGAUAGACCUGCCUGAUGAAAAAAACCUCCACAUUUGCACAUCUUGUUCAAGUCUCUGAAUUCAAAGCGUUUAUGUGUAAUAGAGAGAAAAUUGGCACUAAAUGGUGUCAAGAAAAAGAAAAGAGACCAGAAUGAAGCAACUAACCCAGCCUGGACAGGAAUUCAGACAGAAAAGAUUCCUAGCUUUAAGAUGGUUUACAGUUCUUUUUUGUGACUUAUUCCUUCACUAUGGAUAAAGAAGGGAUUAUCUUUAUUCUCACUGAUAACAAUUGCAUCCAGCAGAAUAUGCCUGGAAGUGACAGGCAGACUAGGGUAGACCAGGUACAAUGAAAAGGGAAAAAAAAAGAACACAAGAAUUUCCAGUAACAUUUAGUAAAAGACUGCUUCAAUACUAUGGAUAUAAAUAUUAUAGGAAACCAUGUGGCAGGUGAAAUAUAUUGUUACAGAGAUUCACACACCUCUUUUUGCUAUGCUUUUGGGAACAAGUUCCUUACCAUUUUAGAUUUGGUCCACAAAUUACAAAAUCAAACAUACUUUAUCUUGCUUGAACUGCUUUUAUCCUGACUGCUUCCCCAAAACACCCUAAGUGCUAUUCCAACAGCCCAUUCUAGCAAGAUGAGAUGCCAAAAGAAAAUCAAUUUUGCCCAGCUCAAAAACUAAGGCACAGAGGCUGCAUGCAGUAUGAAAAAGAAGAGGGACUUGAGAGGACUCCUUGCUGGACAGAUAGAAGUAUAUGACCUUUUCUUCCUUCCUUCACCAUUUAGUCAGUGAAAAUAUAAACUCUAGGAAACUACUAGGCUUUGCUCAUAACAUAUGAAAGCCUAAAAUUAACUCUGAAUUGUGCAACACUGUCUGCUAACUGCUGGAUUGUUUUAUUUUCUUAUAAUGGUAUGCUUUUGUAUAAGCUCUCUUUUGUAUUUUUAUUUCUUAUUUCUGAAUUAAAUG